GCUCCGAAGGAGCGCCCCGCGUCUUGUCUUCUCGCCGCUAUUAUGCGCAUCAGGCAAGUCCCCAUUGGCGGCUGACGGUGCGACGGCUGGAAGAAAGGCGGAAGGGGCAGGCUGUGCGCCGCUGUUUCUCGUUCUGUGGCGCAGCCUCCUUGUUCCGUCGCUCGCUGUGCGGAUCACUCCGCGCGAAGCGCCCGCCCAGAAGGAGAGCCAUGGAAGCGUUCCUGUCCCCUAAAGACUCUGCCAGGUUCAUAGCCGAGAGCAGCCAAGACGUGCUCGUUGAAGAGGAGGGAGUGAGGAAAGUUGCAGAGGCUCUGUUUGACAAAGUCUCAGCAAAAGAGUUCAGUUUGGCUGGCUGGAAAUCUCUUCACGAACUGAACCCUCAAGCAGUGAGUGAUGAUGCAGUGAACUGGGUGUUUCUUGCAGAUACCCUUAACUUUUCCUUUUGGUCUGAACAUGAAGACUGUAAGUGUCUGGUGAAGUACAGAGGCAAGAUGUACAGUGGUUACUGGUCUCUUUGUGCUGCAAUCAACAGAGCACUUGAUGAUGGAAUACCUAUUACCAGUGCGGCAUAUUAUGCCACUAUGACACUUGAGCAGGUUAGACAUGUAUUUCGCUCUGACACAGAUGUCCCCAUGCCUUUGAUUGAAGAGAGACAUCGUAUUCUGAAAGAAACUGGGACAAUUCUGCUUGAGAAGUUUGGAGGCUCUUUCGUCACCUGUGUUAAAAUGAGUGAGAAAAGUGCUCAGAAACUACUGCGUAUAGUAGUCGAGAAUUUUCCUUCUUACAGAGAUGAGGCUACAUUUAAGGGUAAAAAGGUGUCUUUUUAUAAACGGGCACAAAUACUAGUGGCUGAUACCUGGAGCUCAUUGGAAGGGAAAGGAGAUGGCUGCUUCAGUGACAUUUCUAGUCUGACUAUAUUUGCUGACUAUAGGAUCCCUCAAGUCCUUGUUCACCUGGGAGCAAUGAGAUAUUCUGAUGAAUUGAUGAGGAAACUUCGUGAAGGAGUAAUGUUCCAUUCUGGAGAUCAACAAGAAGUGGAGAUCCGAGGUUGUUCUAUUUGGUGUUGUGGAUUGAUUUGUGAUCACCUGCUGGAACUUUAUAAGAAGAAAGGACAAAACAUGAGUGAAAGAAUCAAUGCAGUUCUUCUUGAUUAUUAUCUAUGGGACUAUGCCCGGGAUCACAGAGAAGAUAUGAAAGAGAUUCCAAUUCAUCGUGUACGUUGCAUAUACUACUAACAACACCAAUUUUAUAGAUCUCUCACUAAAGCAUCCUGCAGAUUUGUCACUUAAUUUGUAGCUUUUUAUAUACUGAUUUGAAGCAUUCAGGAGAAAGUUAAAUACCUGUUCUCUGAUAAUAUUAACACUUUGUCCAUCACUGCAGUUGUGUAGUAGUACUCCAUAGAGAUCACAUUCAGGGAAGGCCUAUUUUUUGUAUUCAGUAAAUAAUUGUGCUUGAAAUAAAACCAAGAGAUCUGGA